AUGCCUACCAGACUCACGAAGACGAGAAAGCACCGUGGCCAUGUCUCUGCUGGUUACGGUCGCAUAGGAAAGCACCGCAAGCACCCCGGAGGUCGUGGUAUGGCCGGUGGUCAGCACCACCACAGAACCAACCUCGACAAGUAUCAUCCCGGUUACUUCGGUAAAGUUGGUAUGCGAUACUUCCACAAGACGCAGAACCAGUUCUGGAGACCAGUCAUCAACCUCGACAAGCUAUGGUCUCUCGUCCCUACCGAAACCCGUGACGCCUACAUCAGCAACAAGAAGCCCGAUACCGCCCCCGUCCUCGACCUCCUACCACUUGGCUACUCCAAGGUCCUCGGAAAGGGCCGCCUCCCAGAGAUCCCAAUGGUUGUACGAGCACGAUACUUCAGCAAGGAGGCUGAGAGAAAGAUCAAGGAGGCCGGCGGUGUUGUUGAGUUGGUUGCCUAA